UUCACAAGUGCUUAUGCAAGCCGCGCAUGCGCAGUACAAAUCAUGCCGCCGGUUGUCGCCAGUACAUGACGCCUCAUAACGUCACGUAAUCGAGCCCAAAGCAAGAGGAAUGGUGUAAGCGAAGAGCACGUUAAACGAGUAGUUCCUAGCCACUGUUACAAGAGGAAAAUGUGGUCCAGUUGUCGGAGAGCUGGGGGAAUAAGGAUCCAGAAGAAGCAGCAGGAUGGGUCUUGGAGUCUAAAGUUCUUCUAUGGUGUACCGCUACAAAGACAAAGUCUGAAAUCUGAAGAUGGAAAUGCAACGGCUUUGCUCAAAGGUGGAGUUGGACCCAGAAGACCCUGCUGGUUACAGCAGAGUGUUCACUUCCAGCAUACGGACACUGUGGUGACCAGACUCACACCAGAAGACAUCAAGAAGGCCAGGGAGGCCAAACAGCCUCUGGUCAGAUCUGCCAGGCAGAAACUAAGUGAGCAGGCCAGAGAGAGGAAGGUUCCUUCCACUAGGAUCAGCAGGAUGGCUAAUUUUGGGGGACUGGCAUUAGGACUUGGUAUCGGUGCCAUUGCAGAAGUAGCUAAACAGUCACUUGGAAGUGAAAGAAAAAAAGACAUGGGUGCCCUGCUUGACUCCCCAUUUCUAUCUGAAGCCAAUGCUGAGAGAAUAGUUAAUACACUGUGCAAAGUCCGUGGUGCUGCGUUGAAGAUUGGUCAGAUGCUCAGCAUUCAAGACAACUCAUUCAUUCACCCUCAGCUGCAGAGCAUCUUUGAGCGAGUCCGGAAGAAUGCAGACUUUAUGCCUACAUGGCAAAUGAACAAAGUUUUAGUGGAAGAGCUGGGUCCAAGUUGGCGAGAAAGACUUUCACAUUUUGAAGACAAACCAUUUGCUGCUGCCUCAAUUGGCCAGGUGCAUUAUGGGGUGUUAAAAGAUGGUAGAGAAAUGGCCAUGAAGAUCCAGUAUCCUGGAGUUGCAGAGAGUAUCCACAGUGACGUAAACAACCUGAUAUCUGUGCUGAAAAUGAACACGUUUCUUCCAAAAGGUCUGUUCCCUGAGAGCAGUUUGGAAGUUCUUCAGCGGGAGCUGAUGUUGGAGUGUGACUAUGAGAGAGAAGCAGCUUGUGCUAAAAAGUUUAAGUCCCUGCUUGCAGGACAUGAGUUCUUUCAGGUCCCUGAUGUGAUCAAUGAACUGUCAGGAAAGAAGGUUCUUGCCAUGGAGCUGGUUCAUGGUGUCCCACUGGACGGCUGUGUAGACCUGGAUCAGGAGACCAGGAACCAGAUUUGCUUCAACAUCCUCCAGCUGUGUCUUAGAGAACUGUUUGAGUUCAGAUUCAUGCAAACAGAUCCAAACUGGGCUAACUUCCUCUACAAUCAAGAGACAAACAAGAUUGUGUUGUUGGACUUUGGAGCCAGCAGAAGUUUCCCAGUGGCAUUCACAGACGACUACAUUCAGGUUCUACAUGCAGCUUCAGUCCGUGACAGAGCAACUGUUCUUUCAAAAUCAAAAGAUCUGAAGUUCCUGACAGGAUUUGAGUCAAAGGCGUUUAUAGAUGCCCACGUCGAGGCAGUGAUGAUCCUCGGUGAAGCAUUUUCAUCUCCUGAGCCUUUUGACUUCGGCAAACAGAGCACGACUCAACGAAUUCAGGGCCUCGUCCACGUCAUGCUGCAACAUCGUCUCACCCCUCCUCCUGAGGAGACAUAUUCCCUCCAUCGCAAGAUGGCAGGGUGCUUCCUUAUCUGCUCUAAGCUACAGGCGGUUAUGCCUUGCAGGGACAUGUUCCUGAGUGCGUACACAGCCUACAACCAGAGGGAACUCAGCAGCUAGGAGUUAGCAUGUCAAUAUUCAAGGACCAGGAUCUGUAACGGUCAGAUAUUGGUCAGAAUUUCAGUAUCAAGCUUCCAAAAAAACCAAUCUAACGCUCCAAUCCGAUACCUGAGCUCAAAUGCUCAACUUAACUUUGUGUAACAUUCCAUAAACAGGGACACUAUCGCCACAUCAACGGCAGCUCGCUGCAUG